AUGCAGAUCCAGUCGAUCCCCAUGUGGGUCGGCAGCAGCGACAACUAUGCCUAUCUGGUUGUCGACGAUGCCUCCAAGGACGCCGUCAUCAUCGAUCCGGCACAUCCGGAAGAGGUCGCACCUGUUCUCCAAAAGGCCAUUGAUGCCGGCAAGAUCAACUUGACGGCGAUUGUCAACACACAUCAGGUGAUCCAAGCUAACCGCGACAGCCACUGGGACCAUGCCGGUGGCAACACCAAGUUGCGCGAUCUGCUCAAACUCCCCGAGCUGCCUAUUAUCGGCGGCAAGGACUGCCAGGCCGUCACCCAGACACCCGCCAACGGCAACGGCUUCAAGCUCGGCAAGGCCAUCGCCGUCCAGGGCCUGUACACGCCCUGCCAUACCCAGGACAGCAUCUGCUGGUACUUGCAGGAGGGCGACAAGCGCGCCGUCUUUACCGGCGACACUCUGUUUCACGGUGGCUGCGGCCGCUUCUUUGAGGGCUCGGCUGCCGAGAUGCACAAGGCGCUCAACGAGACGCUCGCCAGCCUGCCGGACGAUACGACUGUUUAUCCCGGCCACGAAUACACAAAGGCCAAUGUCAAGUUUGCCAUCUCCGUCCUGCCCAGCGACGCCGUCAAGAAGUUGAAGGCGUUUGCCGACGAGCACAAGGAGACCCAGGGCCAGUUCACCAUUGGCGACGAGAAGGAGCACAAUGUGUUUAUGCGUGUCACCGACCCUGAGAUCCAACGGGCUACCAGCGAGUCGGAGCCCGUUGCCGUCAUGGCCAAGCUGCGGGAGAUGAAGAACAACUUUAAAUAG